UUUUAAAAGCUCUUUUAAAAACACAAUGGCGGCGGAUGAUACACCCUGCUCAGAGUUUAUAAACUGGGAGGUUGACUCUUCAAUUUGUAAUGGAUUCAAACAGGAGAAGCAACUUUCUGCCCCACAAAGGAGAUACUACAGCUUCUGCAGGAGAAAGUCAUUUGCUGCCUUUGUGGCAUCCAAGAAGGACGGUAGUCACGAGGAAGGAAGCCCUUUGUGGUGCUGCUGCGGCCAGACGUUCAUCGAGCACGCCGCCAUUCACAAACACGUGGCCAGAGUGCACAAUGCUGAAAUACAGCAGCUCGCACAGGACGAGUAUGAGCAUUUGUUUAGCCAACUGGAAGAAGAGCCCGAAGCAACGCAGGUGAAUGAGCACAGUGGAGAAACGGUGGACGUCUCUGUGUGGAUUCCCGAUAUUAGCCACAUCUCUGAGGAGCAACUUAAAAACGGUCCAGGCAGGGUUCUGCUUUACUAUCACUACUGUUGCGUCGAGGAGCCACAUGUCAUCUGUGCUUGGCAGAAAGCUCUGUGUGAGAAGCUCCACUUAACGGGCAAGGUGAGGGUGGCGACUGAAGGCAUCAACGGAACAGUUGGUGGCACAAACUUGGCCACUGACAUUUACAUAGAAGCAAUGCGUUCACAUCCGCUGUUCGAGAUGGAUGAGGAGGAUUUUAAGACCAGUGACGGUGGCGCAGAGUGUUUUACAGAGUUGAAGGUUGGGGUCUACAAGGAGAUUGUCCCAAUGGGAGUGGACCCAGAUCUUAUAUCUUACGAGCUGGCAGGAGUUCAUCUGGAGCCCGACGAGUUUCAUAAAGAAGUGGAGGCUCUUCUGACUAAAGGAGAUUCAUGCAAUGACACCGUCCUCCUGGACUGCCGCAACUAUUAUGAGAGUAAAAUUGGGCAGUUCACUCAGUGCCUGGCGCCAAAUAUCCGUAAGUUCAGCUACUUCCCAGACUACGUGGACCAGAACCUUGAGCUGUUCAGAGACAAGAAGGUUCUGAUGUACUGCACAGGAGGGAUCCGCUGUGAGCGUGGCUCCGCCUACCUCCGCUCCAAAGAUGUGUGUAAGGAGGUUUACCAGCUGAAAGGUGGAAUUCAUAAGUACCUGGAGCGUUUCCCCGAGGGGUUCUAUCGUGGAAAGCUUUUUGUGUUUGAUGAACGCUACGCCAUCUCCUCAAACAGUGACAUCAUCUCAGAUUGCAGGUACUGCGGCCAUCCGUGGGACCAGUACAAGCUCUGCUCCACCCAGUACUGCUGCCAGCUGGUUCUGUCCUGUCCAAGCUGCAGACAGGACGGCCACACCGCUUGCUGCCCCACGUGCCAGACCAAAGGUCAGGCUCAGUCCGAGGAGACCUCACAUCACAAAGAGGAGUGCGAGUGCACUGACGUACGCCCCAGAAUCCCUCAGGAUGUGUAAAAUGAUCAGAUUUCAGUGCUUAAAAAUAACAUAAACAUAGUGUAAAAUGUGUGUGACAGAUUUUCAAAAUAGGAAUUUUUAUACUAAUGCAUGUGGGAAAUUAAGUCAGAUGCAUUUUAACUAAUGAAAAUCUAUUGAAGAAAUUGAAGAAAAUAUCUGCUGAAUCUGUUUUUAUCAUGUGAAUAUUGUGAACAUUUUGUCACUAAUGAAAGCUCAACUUCAACUUAUUGUAUGUAUAAAUGUUUCUGUUUUGUACUUUUAAACUGUGACAUAUAUUUUGUCUCUUGUGUUUUCAAGCUGUUUAACAAACAGAUGCAUCAUUAUUUAGUGCUCUAUGUAUAGCCAAGAUAUGCAUGCAUUACUAGGAUCCAUGCACGUUUGCUUUCCAAACUCUGCAAACUCUGGCUAGUGUAGCUUACUGAGACUGCAGGUGUUGUUUAAAGAAACCACAAGCAGUAGUGCAUCUGUUUGCCUCAUGGCAGAAUGUCCCUUUAACAUAUGUAAUAAUAGAUGCAUGUCAAAAACAGCGCCAAAGUAUGCAGUUACAUAAUAGGUUUAGCAGGUCAUAGCAUGAAAGUUACAGCAACAGAAGCAGUAAAUGAAAGCAGUAACUAAAAUAAAGCUUUUAAGAAAACGUGAUGUGACAGACACGAAGGAGUGGGGUACCUGCCUGUUCUGGUAGGCUAGUCAAGCUGCACAGGGCUGGGCUGUGAGGACAUGUCUCAUUAAAGGAGGCUGGGCCCAAUUGAUGCUUGGGGAAUGUUUUGUUUUCUAACAAUUUGGUCAGAGACA